CUAUAAAUUUUAGGUUGUCUCUGAAUUAGUUCGUCGUGGAAUCGUAUCGAAGGUGGACGUGUACAAUGACUGAAGGAUAUAAACUUGGUGAUUUAGUUUGGGCUAAGAUGAAGGGUUUCAGCCCUUGGCCAGGCCGGGUAUCAAUACCAACUCCUGAAUUGAAGCAUCCGAAAAAAGGAAUGUCUGUGCAAUGCAUUUAUUUCUUUGGAACCAAUAAUUAUGCAUGGAUAGAAGAGCAUAAUAUUAAACCUUACCAAGAACAUAAGGAGCAAUUGAUUAAAUCAAGCAAGUCUGCGGCGUUCAAAGAGGCCUGCAAUCAGAUCGAAGACUAUAUAGUUCAUCCUGAGAACUUUGGUGAAAUUGACGAACAUGUCCGUGAUCCCGACGAGGAGUUUGACAAGAUGAGGGAUGUGCUCAGGAAGGAGAGCACGGAGUCCGUACCCAAGGAGGAGGCCACUCCUGAAGUGAAGAAAGAAAAGAAGAGCUCUACUCCCAAGAUUCGUUUGGGUUCUAAGGUGAAGGCUGUUAAGCGUUCUUCGUCGACUGGUCUGAAAUCCACGCCCAGGAAAAUGGCGAAAGCCUCCCGAUCGUUUACGGACUCUGACCUGGCGAAUGAUAAGCCGUCCAUGCUGAACCACUCGUUCUCGAAGAAGUCAAGUCUUCUACAGCGGCCGUCGAAUAUAUUGAGACCUGAAACGCCACCCCUGGAUCUGGAGAACGUAUCUGAGACUCUCCUGGAGAAGAACAUAAAGGCGAGCCAAAUGAAAUUCGGCUUCCUCGGCCUAGGAAUUAUGGGGAGUGGAAUUGUCAAGAAUUUGCUCAAUUCCGGUCAUAAGGUCCUUGUGUGGAAUCGUACUGCUGCCAAGUGCAAAGACUUUGAGAAAGUUGGUGCGACAAUAGCGGUGACGCCCUGCGAUGUCGUGGAAGAAGCUGACAUCACGUUCUCGUGUGUCGCAGAUCCACAGGCAGCUAAAGAGAUGGUAUUCGGAAACUGUGGUGUGCUCCACUGCCCCACAUUGGAGGGUAAGGGGUACGUGGAGAUGACAUCCAUUGACUCUGACACAUCACACGAUAUCGUAGAAGCCAUCAGCGGGAAGGGGGGGCGGUAUCUCGAAGCUCAGAUCCAAGGAUCGAAAACGCAGGCGGAAGAAGGGACCCUGAUAAUCCUGGCAGCGGGAGACCGCUCCCUCUUCGACGACUGCCAAUCCUGCUUCAAGGCCAUGAGCAAGAAUUCCUUUUAUCUUGGUAGCGAUAUAGGAAACGCGUCAAAAAUGAAUUCCGUCCUGCAAGUGGUGGGUGGGGUCUCCUUAGCGGCGUUGGCUGAGGGCCUGGCUCUUGCGGACAGGGCGGGGCUCAACCAGGCCGAUUUGUUGGAUGUUCUAGCGCUCACACCGCUGGCUUCCCCUCAUUUGAUACUCAAGGGACGAGCAAUGAUAGAGUCUUCAUACUCCACGCACCAGCCCCUCAGCCACAUGCAGAAGGACCUGAAGCUGGCGCUGGGUCUCGGAGACGCGUUGGAACAAUCGCUGCCCCUCACCGCUACUACUAAUGAGAUAUUCAAACACGCGAAGAGACUCGGUUACGCCAACCACGACGUGGCAGCUGUGUACAUCCGUGCUAGGUUCUAAUCCCGGUUAAAAGGAAGGGGGUGUAGGCGGAAUACCGUUUGAGGUAUGCUGGUGGCUUUUGGAAUUACUAGUUUUUUGACUUUCGACGCGUUGGCCUUUUGAUUAUCGACGCGUUGGCCUUUUGAAUAUCGACGCGUUGGCCUUUUGCAUAUAGAUACGUCGACCUUUUCACUAUCGACGUGUUGGCCUUUUGACUAUCGACGCGUUGGCAUUUUGACUAUCGACGCAUUGGCCUUUUGAAUAUCGACACGUUGGCCUUUUGACUAACGACGCGUUGGCCUUUAUGAAUGAUAUAACGCUGGGAUUUAAGAAAUCUAUUAUCACUUUUAAUUAUCAAACGUCCAGCGUUAUAGAAACUAGUGUUUCCGUCAUCAGCAUAUGUCUGUCUCUUUCUAUCUGUGAGUUGAGUGAGAGAGAGGGACAGAUGCUUCGAUUGCCUACGAGCUCUCUUCCUAUAUCCAUCUCAGUUAUUGGUUGGGCUUGACAAAGUAAAAUUAUGAUUAUUAUUUCGUAUUUGGCAAAUGAAUGGAAAUGAAAGCCUUAUUACAUAUUACGUAGAUAUACAAUUUCUUUAAUUAGGAGAUCGCUAUAAUAUUUUAAGAGCCUUAAAUCAUUAAUGUUAAGAAAUAAAGGACUUUUGUUUGUUAUUGUUGUAUGUUACAUACAAUUAGUAUUUAAAUGACUUAAUCAAGCCCGCUGACCAAAAAUUAAGUUAUAGCUAACAGAACGCAAUUAAUACACGUUAAUAACAAAUAUAAAUCUCAAAGUUAGAAGGCUUUAUAAGUAGCGUUUCAAAUGUUGCGUUCUGUUAGGUGUUGGAUUUGACGAUCGAUUUUUCAAAAAUGAGGGUAGUCUCAAAAUUCACAAUGAGGGUAGUUAUAAAAUCGGUCGUAUUUAAUUAUAAGUUAGUUAUAAUAGAUAAAUAAGUUCGACAUUUUCAUUUGCAUUUAAAGUACAAUAAAAUAUGUAAAUACAAAUAUUUUGUAUUAAUUAUUUCAGUUAAAUAUUUGAAGAAAACCCCCCUUAUUUGACGUCAGUUAAGAUUCUGAUCUAAUAAAUUCACUAUAUUUUUUUACUAUAUUUAUGCUAUAAAUAUCUUUCUCUAGAAAACAAAAAUGGCGGCAAAUUUGACAACUGACGUUUUAAAAUUAAAUGCGUUAAUUACAGUUAAUCACAGAGUUUUCAAAAGUGUUGAAAACUAGUUAAUUUUGUGUUAAUUUUUUGCGAUUAAACCAUUUAUAUGAAAGUAAUUUUAAAGGCCGCCAACGUACUUGCGAGCCUUCUCAAGUGCCCAUAGGCGGCGGUAUCACUUAACAACAGGUGAGCCUCUUGCUCGUUUGCGUCCUGUUAUAUAAAAUAAGCCUUAACAUACAAACAUCCAUCCGAUUCAGUAAUUUUGAGAUUAUUAAACAAAAAAAAUCCACCGGGCGGUCUAUUAACUGUUACUGUUUGAGGCCAAAAGGCCAAAAGCCUUUAAAAUUGUUUAUAGUGCGUGUGGCAUACACGAACGAUGAGGCAUACACAUUUAAGAACGAUUCGUACCUAUUACGAUUGGUUAUGAAACCAUCGCUAAAAUCUUAGAUAUAUACCCAUAUUGUUCAUUUAUUAAUGUAAAAGUCGAAUAUGUUUAAAAAUAAAUUAAUUUUAAUA